AUGUCUCAACAUCCUUCAUCAUCUGGUUCCAAACCCUUCCAACAUGCAAAGACUCCAUCUAUGGAGUUUGUAGAUGAAGAUGUAAUGGACGUCACUCCUCUGUGCAUGAUACCGGGCGACACCACAGGUACCUCCUCCAGUGCUGGAGAUAAGCAAGGUAAUACCUCUGGUAACUCCUCUCUUCCUAAAGACAUGCAUUACACUGAUCGCGCUAUAAGGAGACUGGUUACUAGAAUUCUGAGUGAAGGACAUGUAGUUGGAGGGGUCUCUACCCCUCUGUCCAGAAGGGAACCCUCUCCUGAGGGUAAAACCCAUGCUGAUAAAGAUGAUGAUUCAUCUAGAUCAGAAAAAGAAGUGGCAGCUGAAGGGCUUUGCUCUCUAGGUAAAACCAUACCUAGCAAGAAACAAAAUGUGCCUCAAGAAGAUAUUAUUGAUCUAGAGGAAGAAAGCACUGAAGGAGAGGAUGAUUCCUUGGUUCAUCUGGUUAAACCUAGCAUAGCUGAGAAACUGAGAACUAAGAAAGGGAAAAGUAUGGCUAAUAUGAGAGCUGCUAGAGUGAAAAAGGAUGUAGGAAUAGGACCCUCAAAACCAUGGAGCAAGGUUGAGGUUGGGAAAAGAAAAGAAAGAGACAACUUGGACUCUGAGGAGGAUGUCAAAGACGAUGUCCCAGACAUCUCCCCUGCAAAAAGGAAGGUUGUUCAGAAAUCUCCUGGCAAGGUUACUGCUGUUCAUCUAGACAAUAUCUCUUUUCAUUUGGAAGAUGGAGCAGCAAAGUGGAAAUAUGUCAUUCAGAGAAGAGUAGCCAUUGAGAGAGAACUUGGACAAGAAGCUGUAGAGGUAAAGGAGGUUAUUGAGUUGAUCAAAAAUGCUGGACUCAUGAAGAGUGUGAAUUUCAAGAGGGAAGAGAAAAUUAGAUUUGCUGAAGUUGUAAACGCUCAAAAAGUCAUGGAAGUUGAAGGUUCAAGGACAUCUUUCGGGGCUUCCAAGAUAGGGAGAACUUCAGAGACAACAAUGAAGAAUCCCAGUAAGGAGAAGGAGCUUGCUGAAGAAUUUGAAUACAACUCAAAUGAUGUUCAAGAAUAUAUUGACUUCCUCAGAACUGAUAAUGAAGAAGUUGACCAAGUCUGGAGGAUGUAA